CGGCUGACGUCGCCUCCCAGAUGGCCUCCAGGCUGACCCCGCUGACCCUGCUGCUGCUGCUGCUGCUGGCUGGGGACAGAGUCUCCUCAAAUCUGAAUGGUACCAGCCACAGCUCCGCGGAUCCAGAGGGCCUGCCAGAGGAAGGCGAAACAAACAUCUCAGAGAAAGAGAUCCUCAAGAAUCAAUCCAGCCAACCCACCGUGGCCACUUCCACCAUGCCAACAAGCAAUUCAACCACCCUAAGAGCCAAUAGCACUUUACAGCCCGCCUCCGAGCCCUGCAUCCAGUCAACCACUCAACCUAUCUACCCGACUACCCAGCCCACUACCCAGCCCACUACCCAGCCCACUACCCAGCCCACUACCCAGCCCACUACCCAGCCCCCUACCGGGCCCGUCUGCCCGGAGCCUGACACUCACUGUCCUGACUUGGAGAAUCCUUCAGCGGAGACCAUGCUGGGGGAGGCUUUGAUGGAUUUCUCCGUGAGGCUCUACCACGCCUUCUCAUCAGUGAAGAAGGCACAGAGCAACAUGGUCUUCUCACCUUUCAGCAUCGCGAGCCUGCUCACUCAGGUCCUGCUUGGGGCUGGGAACAGCACCAAGGAAAACCUGGAGACCCUUCUCGCCUACCCCAAGGACUUUGCCUGCGUCCACCAGGCACUGAAGGCCUUCACAUCCAAAGGCUUCACUUCAGUCUCUCAGAUCUUCCACAGCCCAGACCUGGCCAUAAGGGACGCCUUUGUGAACGCCUCUCAGAACCUGUAUGAAAGCCCCAGACUCCUGGGAAAUGACAGUGAUGUCAACGUGGAGCUCAUCAACUCCUGGGUGGCGGAAAACACCAACCACAAGAUCACCCAGCUGCUAGACAGCCUGCCCUCUGACACCCGCCUUGUCCUUCUCAACGCUAUCUACCUAAGUGCCAAGUGGAAGACGACAUUUGAUCGCACAAAAACCAGGAAGGAGCCCUUUCAUUUGAAAUCCUCUGUGAUAAAAGUGCCCAUGAUGACCAGCAAGAAGUACCCCGUGGCGCAUUUCACUGACUCGAUGUUGAAGGCCAAGGUGGGGCAACUGCAGCUCUCCCACAACCUGAGUAUGGUGAUCCUGGUACCCCAGAACUUGAAACACAGUCUCGAAGACAUCGAGCACGCUCUCAGCCCCUCUGUCUUCAAGGCCGUCAUGAAGAAGCUGGAGAUGGCCAAGUUCCAGCCCACUCUCCUGAUGAUGCCCCGAUUUAAACUCAAGAGCAACCAGAACAUGCUGGCCGUCAUGGAGCAACUGGAAUUCUAUGACUUUUCUUACGACCUCAACCUGUGUGGGCUGACAGAGGACGCGGACCUCCAGGUCUCUGCGAUGCAGCACCAGACGAUGCUGGAGCUGACGGAAAGCGGGGUGGAGGUGGCUGCAGCCUCGGCUAUCUCGGUGGCCCGCACUCUGCUGAUCUUUGAAGUGCAGCAGCCCUUCCUCUUCCUGCUCUGGGACCAGCAGCACAGGUUCCCCAUCUUCAUGGGCCGGGUGUAUGACCCCAGGGCCUGAGACCUGCAGGGCCGGGGUAACACAAGCCCUACCCCUCAAGCCUCUGCUCGCCCAGUUGCAGCCCUCCCUGCUGCUAGGUGCCUGGACCUGCCCCAGCCACCUGCCGCCUCUGGUGUCCUCCACCUGAAGGGUGCCCUUGGGGUCUGGUAUCCCUUCCCUGUCACUCUCCAAACCACUUUUUGCAGCUUGCUUUGGUUCAAGUUCGUUAGAUUCUACAAAUAAAACCUGGCAGAUCUCGA